AUACACCCCCUCAAGCCUCAUCAACUGGUAGACAGUAGCAUCACCAACUCUACAUCUCUCUCUCUCUCUCUCUCAUGCAUGGACUCCCUUUCAAUGACAUGUAUUACGAAGACAAACAAAAGGAGGUUCAGUACUGAACAGAUUACAUUAUUGGAGUCCAUAUUUGAAACAGAAUCAAAACUUGAGACCCAGAAGAAGCUGCAGUUGGCCAGACAGCUUAGCUUACAGCCCCGCCAGAUUUCUAUUUGGUUCCAGAAUAAGAGAGCCCGAUGCAAGUCAAAGCAGCUUCAACAAGAUUACGCUAUAUUGAGAGCCAAUUAUGAUGUUCUCGCUUCAAGAUUCGACUCUCUCAACAAAGAGAAGCAGUCCUUACAAACUGAGUUACAGAAACUGAGAGGUCUCAUGGACGAGCUAGAAGAAGAUAGAAGGGGGAGUGGCUCAGAUUUUUCUGGAAAUGGAACACAUGGCAGCUCAAAUGAUGAUAAGCAGGAUGCCCAGCAGGAAUCUCAAGUGAAGUCUAGCCUAUUACCAGAGAGCCCCAACCGCAUGGUGCUUGGGCUUUGUGAUGAUCAGCAAAAUGAAAUCUUUCGAGACUACCCUCAACCACAAGAAGAAGCUGCACUUGUCAACGUAAUAGAACCUGCAAACGCUUUCAUUUCCGGUGAUUUGUUUCAACUAUCAUUCAAUGAUGCACUCUGGUGGGAGUUCUAGCCUUAAGAUAUAUGUAUCGUCCCCAUCCAUUGUCUCAGAGCCUCAAAAGGGGAUGAUGCCGCAAAAACAGGGCUUCCAAAAAGCAGGGAAAUUACAGCAGUUUAAAGCCAAAAUUUCUUAAUUAAUGCUCAUGAAUAUAGCUUUUGAGGAUAUCCUGCACGAUACACAGAGAAAAUCAUUCAUUCUAUAUCAUUAGAAGACCAAUAAAUAAAUAAAUCUAGGACUUCGAGUUGUAUACUUCAUAUAUGGUGUGGUGAUAACAAUUUCAGUUCCUCACCUGUCCUAUGCGGUAGCCAUUUCAAUAUUUACUACUGCUUUGAGCCAGAAAAAGAAGAUGCGGGAAGACAUGAAACAACUCAAGGGAACAAGGGAAAAAAAGGGAGUAUAGUUAUAAGAGAAAGGGAUUAAAAGCACAAAACGAGCAUGUUGUUGUCAUGUCUGUGUGAUCUUAAGACAUGUUGUGUGUGAGUGUGCAUGAAAGUUUAUGCUAUGUUUUGAUUUGGAUCCUCGUAUUUC